AUGCAUUUCUCUAGUAUUCUCGCCACCUCCUUCGUGGCCGCUGCCUCAGCCAAGAAUACAGUCUACCCACCGAUCAAUCUGGGUCGGUUCUAUUAUCCUCACGGAAAUCAAUUCGUUGCGUGGUCACCAUUCACUCCUACGACCACACAAGAAUUGGCUGAGGUGUGCGAUACCCGCGGUGCGAUUAGAGGAACAGCGACUUGGACCGCCGUCAGAGUCUGGAACACCUACGUCUUUGAUCCCAUCUGCCGCAACCCCUUCAACAUCACCGACGAUGUUACCAACACCACUUACUACAACUUAGAGCUUGCAUGUGUGGAUGACGACAUCCCUAUCACGGCGGAGCCCGAGGUGACCGCCGUCGUGGACACGAACACCAACAAGACCAUCGAAACUUGCGUCCCAGUGCCGACAGACAACGGGCUUGGCGGCGGCGUGAGCUGCAGCAGCCCAAUUAAUGGAGGUGUCGCGUUCCAAUUUGCUUGUACUCCUGCUGGUGCCUGA